AUGGUUGUGACUCACAACAUGUUGAACGAUAUCUAUAACCAUUGGAAACACGCUGAAACAGUUCGGGUCAAAUGUCUUGGAGUCCCAACUCUCGAUAUGGAAAACGUCAUCUUCCACCUUGAGGAUCUGGUGCCUUGCAUCCUGGUCACGUUUGACAAGGAGCAGGUCGUGAUUUGGAGAGGCCAAGACUAUAAGCCACCCAAGGACACUGAUUCGAUUCCCAACUAG